AAUAUAUUCUCUAAAGUGAGUCUGUUAAUAAGAAAUUAACACAUAGAUUCUCUCAAGCGACGAAUUCCUUCCUCUGUGAUUGUUGAUUCACGCGAUUCCCCGUGUCGGAUCCACGAACGGCUGUUCUAUUGCUACGGUCCUGCGAAAGUACCGUUACGCGUAUCUGACAGAGCGUUGAACCACAAUGGUAAAGCCACCUGCGGUACUUUUCGAAACGACACCGACGACUACGCUCCGGCCAAUUGUGUUUACACAAAGGAAACGAUCAUCGACGUAAAAACGUACAUAAGAAAGAAAGAAAAAAAAAGAAGAAGAAGAAAAGGAUCGCUGUUGUUUCGACUGUCUCUGUGUUCUUGUCGAAAGAAUAAUGAGGAGCCGCGCGAUAAUUAACGAUGACUCCUGGCAAGUAGCACAUGCAAAGUUGUUGGUGGAAUCGCAAAACUAAAAGCCGGUAGUGCUGGCCUGCUCGUCAACUGUCUCACUUGACGCGUAUACGCCGCGUAUCAAUCGUGUUAAAACGUGCAGCCAGAAGAAGAAAUGUGUCAUCCGAUACGUACGUAGUGUCACGUGCUAACAAAGAAAAACAUGAAAAUGGAGUUGCGAAACGGUGGUGGACAUUCCGAGAAGAGGAACAAUUCGGGAUCGACGAGAAAGGAGAAAUCGAUAUUUUGGACAUACGUGCUGUGGAUGAUCGGUGGUUUCGUCGGAGCGCAUCACGUAUACCUGGAACGGGACGCGCAGGCUUUUAUAUAUUUCAGUACUCUCGGUGGAUAUCUCGGUCUCGGAUGGCUUCGCGACAUCUACAGGAUACCUUCGUACGUUCGCGAUGCCAACGAACACCCAAACUUUGUGAAUGACUUUAAGGGAAAGGUUCGGGCCAAUCGUAAGCCACCGUUCUCGUCGGUGCGGUUCGCCACGGCAAAUGCGGUUGCGUACUUUUGGGCCGAGAUAUUUCGCAACGCGAUUCCAGAGGACGAAGUAUUUGGAAUUAAUUUCAGACACUUGCUAAUCCUGACACCUUUGGUCAUUGCUUUAGGUGUCUGGACGGUUGGAAAUAUUGGCAGAGAACAAGGUUCCAUAUGGAUUGCACUUUGCUCGGCGUAUUUGCUCUAUCCAACGCUGUUCUACAUCGGGGACGACAGCACGUGGAUAUUUUUGAUGGUGGUCGCUGCUAGUUUAAGUUUCGAUACGUUCAGCAAACAGUGGAGACUGAAGCCGAGGAAGAAACGAAGCUUCGUGCGAAGGAUCUUCUGUCUCGGCUUAGCUGCCGCGAUCUACCUGUCCUUGAUAGGAUUGUACUUGUACUUUAACGCUGUUAUUACCGACAGCGAGGGCGAGGAGAUCAAAUUAUCCGAGGCUGUUCAACACUUCUUAACGUCUCCCAUAUGGUUGGAUCUCAAGGCAAGUCUCAUAGCAACCUGGAAUCAAGCGAUUCAUCAAGGUUUUUGGGCAACGUGGGCGCAAUUGAUAGAUCUGACAGAUCCUCGGGGAGAAAUAAACGCUUACAAGGUUUUAGGACUUUCUCAAACGGCCACACAAACCGAGGUAACGUCCCGUUGGAGAGCUCUUUCGAGGGACAAUCAUCCCGACAAGAUAAAAGGCACCGAGGAAGAAAGGAGACAGGCUCAGGAGAAGUUUAUGGAAAUACAGCAAGCGUACGAAAUUCUUUCCAAGGCGAAAAACCGCAGGCAACGUCGAAAUAGAAAAUUUGAAACCUGACCUGUAUAACUGUAUGCAUUAACUUUUCAAGUUGAAUCGGAUAAGUCGACAAUUUUAUAUCAACUGAAAUUAUCACGACAGUCUGAUGUUUUGAUAUUUCGAAAACUAGCGAUUAAACUGGUUGUAUCUGUAUUGAGACAAAGUUUCCGCCGCCUCGUUAAUGUUUAUUCUAAAAAAUAUAUUUCUUACAGUUCUUCAACAGCAAA